GAUUUUGACAAGAGAUUUCUGUUUAGAAAUGUCAAAACUUAAUAACAAAAAUAGUAAUUCUACAUAUGGGAAAAUAACUUUAAAGGGCACAAUUAUUAAAAUUGCUUUUUGAUUUUGGAGUUUAGUAAUGUAAUAUGAUAUAAUUGAAAUUGACUGAAAGAUGCUUCAAAAUAAAUGUCGUCACUCUGCUGUAUUACCAAAUGAAAUAUGUCCAUUUUGUAAUACGACAACACCCGAAACUCUACUGGAUAUAUGUUUUGAUUACAUCAAUAAACACCCUGAAACAAUAUGUACUCCAAGUUCAGAAAAUUUACAGUUGAUGGAUGGUUUGUCUUUACCAGUGGAAAUUUGUGAACGUUUGUUAAAUGUUCGGAAUAAUAGCUUGACACCAGUCGAUUCAAGUUUUAUUAAUAUCUUUAAAAAUACAGACUGUACUAGAUUAAAAAGAGUUAAAUUACGACAAACUGAAAUACAGGAUCAGGAUUUAGAAAUGCUUUUAAAACAUAACUUGAUUGAAUUAGAUUUAUCACUCUGUCCAAAUUUAACAUCAAAUUGCAUUGAACAUCUUAGUAAUCAUAGCUCUAGUUUAAUAUCACUUGGUAUAGGUGAAGAUACAGAUAUUUUUCCAGUUCGACUAUUUGGUAAAUCUCCUUUAGAUCAAGAAUUAUAUCAAAAGAGAUACAUUUUCUUAGCGCCAAACCUCAAAAGAUUAACUUUGAAAGGUUUGCAUUCACUACAGUCUGAUUUUUAUAUGAUUUUACUAUACCCCUUAUCAACACUGACUCAUUUAGAUCUGUCAAAUUGUAGCUCGUUAGGUAACUUUUUAUAUACACAUCAUCUUGUUAAUUUAACUUCACUAAUAUUAUAUAAUGUAGAUGCAAUUGAAUCUAAAAUAGCAGCAAUUUGUAAAUUAACAAAUCUAAGGCAUUUAGAUAUAUCCCAAUCUAGAGAUGAUCAAGGGAAAUAUAAAAAAGGAGAUCAAAUUUUAAAGACUAUAGUGGAGUGUUUACCUAAAUUAACUUCUCUGGAUAUUUCGGGGACAAACCUAGCAGGUAGAGGUGUAGCUGAAACUAUUAAUGGAAGUGUUUGUGACAUCCCUGGAUUAAGUUCAAGGGCUAAUAAUCCAUUCCAGUAUCUGGGUUUAUAUGAGACAUCCCAUGACGCUUGCUUAAGACAUGACAUCCCUGCAAAAUUGAUUGGUGGAAAUGCUAAUGAGGAGCAGAUAUUAGUGGCUGCUUUAGCGUAUUUAGAUAGAACUGAUAUGUUACAAAAAGUUAUGAACGAAUUAUUUCAUUUAUUUCGAUUAGAAAAUAUUGAAUACCUUGGACAAGCACUGAAUAUUGUUUUAGAAGCAAUGAGUAGACAUUUACAUGAAAGGCAUAUUCAGAUAUCUGGCAGUGCAACAUUGUUUUAUAUAGUAAAAGGUACAGGACCUGAGUUGCAUGAUGAUGUUAGAGUAAAGAGAAAAAUAAUUACAACUCUACUAAAUGGUAUGAGCGUUCAUAAAAAUGAUGAUACCAUGAUGAGGAAUGGGUGCUUAACGUUGUGCCAGUUUAGGAUACCAACAGAUGUGCUAUUUGAUUAUGAAAGACUUGUCAACAUACUUCUAUAUUCUGUCUAUGGAAUGGCACAAGAAAGUUUUGUACAAAGAAUAGGAAUUUAUUUACUUAAUUCUUUGGCUUGUCAAGUAGAUGGCCAACAGAAAGUGAAACUGGGUGAAUUAGGAGCUAUAAAUAGAAUGAUUUGGCUAAUUAAAGAUAGACUUGAGCGAGGGAUAUGCGAUGAUGUCCUAGAAGUAGCAUGGUCUACGAUGUGGAACGUUACAGAUGAAACACCAUUAAACUGUAAGAAAUUCUUGGAACAAAAAGGGAUGCAGCAUUUUUUGCAAUGCCUAGAAAAAUUUCCUGACAGAGAGGAGCUUCUUCGCAACAUGAUGGGUUUACUGGGUAACGUUGCAGAAGUUCGGGAACUUAGACAGUAUCUUGUAACAUCAGAGUACUUAUCAGUAUUUGCGAGGUUAUUGGAUUCUCAAAGUGACGGCAUAGAAGUCAGUUACAAUGCAGCAGGUGUUAUUUCACACAUUGCGUCAGACGGUCCAGAUGUUUGGUUAGUUAUGGAGCCUUCUAGAACUCAUGUUUUAAAUAAAAUGGUGUCGGCUAUAGAGCGUUGGGAUAUUAAUUCUCUUAGAAACAUCAAUUAUAGAUCAUUCGAACCUAUAUUAUAUCUUGUGCAGGUGUACCAUACUCCCGAAUGUCAGCAUUGGGCAGUGUGGGCUUUAGCAAAUCUAACAAAAGUUUACCCCGAAAAAUAUUGUACUUUGGUGGAGAGGGAAGGUGGUUUGAGUUUACUUCAAGAAUUAAUUUAUCAUCCAAUAGUGCCAGCGCGAGUAAAGGAUCUAGCAGCCAUUGUCAUAGAAAACUGUCGAAAAUUUCAAGCAUCUUUGGAGGGAUAAGUUACAUAUGGUUUGUGUUCUAAGACAUUGAAGUACUCGUCAAAACAACUCAAUCUUUUUUGUAGUUUUGAUAUGGGUCUUUAUCAAAGAAUUAUUUUAUUAAAAUGUAGCUGCAGUGAAUCAGAUACUUGAAAUAUCUUGAUUAGUGUAGAACACUGAAGAGUCGUUGCUCUUUUUCUAAAAAUUUUUAUACAUAAGGGUUUCAAAAAUGGUAUUUUCAUUCUAUAAACAGUUGAUAUGAAAGGUGAUUUAGAAUUCUGUAUUUUUAGAGGCACAUGUUUGAAUACACUCACUGACCCUCCAAAACUAUCUUAUAUUUAUGUAGGAAGGGGCGAAUAGUAAAAGUAAAUUAAUUAUCCUAAUAUCUUAGAAUCAUUCCAAAAGGUGAACUCUGUGAUCAAAACAAUUUGACAGAAAAAAUUAUGAUCUCAAUUCACUUUUUCAAAUGGUUGUAUCGCCUUCAAUUUUACUUGUAUCUCUUUUAGUUUUAAAAAAAUUUUGGAAUAUUAUUUUGGGCAAGGCCGUUUUUUCUUUAGUUUGAGUAAAUGUGUGAUCAAAUCUAAUGCUAACUUAAAGGCCAUGCGCAGAGUACUUUUUUUGCAGAGUUCUUGUGUACGUUUUUUUUUGGAAUAUGUUCAGGGGUACCCCCUGAAAAGAAAUGGAAGUGGUCGUCAUCGGGUGACGUCCGCGUUAGCCGCAAAAUACUGAAAAUCUCGCGAACCGCGCAUAUAUUUGAGUGUUUCAUUCCUGUUUGUUUUAUGUAGUAGGUAUCGUAGUACAGACGCACACUCAAAAUAUGGCGUUGAUUUGAAUGAUCUAGCUUGAACGGUUUCUUUUUAAGACAGGGGUAAAGUUUAAAAUUGUCUCAAGUGACCCAACUUGACGUUAGGUUCAUAAUGCAAAAUUCUAGAAAACGGAUUUUUUUGGAAUAUGUUCAGGGGUACCCCCUGAAAAGAAAUGGAAGUGGUCGUCAUCGGGUGACGUCCGCGUUAGCCGCAAAAUACUGAAAAUCUCGCGAACCGCGCAUCGUACCACGAAAAUAGUUCAGAUCAUUUUUUUAGAUAAUUUUUUUUACAGGGAAGCCCCUGAACAUAUUCCAAAAAAAUCCGUUUUCUAGAAUUUUGCAUUAUGAACCUAACGUCAAGUUGGGUCACUUGAGACAAUUUUAAACUUUACCCCUGUCUUAAAAAGAAAUCGUUCAAGCUAGAUCAUUCAAAUCAACGCCAUAUUUUGAGUGUGCGUCUGUACUACGAUACCUACUACAUAAAACAAACAGGAAUGAAACACUCAAAUAUAUAAAAUUUCUUUUUUGGUGUCUCCUCCACAGGGGCGGUAACUUGAGACACGGCCUAAAUUGUGUCGAAACUCAAGUAAGCCAAUCGAGUUUCAGAUUUUCAAACGUUUUUAAAAAAUAAAUCGAGAAUUUGAAAAAGUAGGGUAUUUUUUUUUAAGAAAAACUGCGUCGUUUAGUACCACUUAUGUACAGAAGUUUUGUGGAUAGAUAUAAAAACUGAAUAAAAAAAACUUCCCAAGGAACUGAAAAAAUCAACGACUAAAAUUCUACUGGAAAAGUAUACCUGCCGCGAUGGAUAGAUACAGGAACUAACUUUGUGUAUUCAACAUCAGAAAAAUGAAUAUUUUUUUGUAAUUUGCCGACUGGCACGUGAAUACGUAAUUUGGCUCUGUGGCACUUAUUUUUCCUGUAAACAUCUUUGAAAUCUUUUGUGAAGCUUGGUAUUAAAAUACCACCAAAACAAAGUCUCCGGUCUUUAGUUCUGCUGGAUUUACCACAUUACCAUCCCUGUCAGAAGGAUCUUCAUUAAAUUCGAGAUCUUUAUUAUGUGACGAAUCAUCAGAAUCUUUGUAGGUGCUGACUCUUUUAGAAGUCUUGGAACUUGAUGGUGCUGGGUUUACAUUCUGAGUAAUUCCUCAAUGUUUUUUGGAUUGUAUGGCUAAUAUUGACAUUUUUUUCUUUUUACAAUGGUGGAGUUUUUUUAAGAAUAGAUAUUUUAAAACCAUUAUCAAUUGUAAUAUUGUUUCCUGAGUUUUCAGAUUCUAGGGACUCUUCUAAAUUGGGUGGCAAUUUUCCCAACAUUUUUUGUCUGUUUAUUGGAUGAAUUCCAGAGGCGGCGCGGAACCCCGAUAUUAGCUUGUUUUUGUUCUAUUAUUCUCGUCUAGUUUUUCUAAACUUUGUUUCAAUAAUCUGGGAAAUCUAUCUUUUGGCACUACAUCCCUAUUUUUUAAUUUCAAUUCAAAAGCGUAUUUCUCCAAACUCAUUUUAAAGGCCUAAAAUAGGCUACAUCUAAUGGUUGACAUAUGUGUGUGCUAUUGGGGAGCAGUAAGAUAAGUUUUAUCUUAUAUUAUUUGCAUAACUCUAUAACAGAGCUGGAGAUUACCAAAUUAUCGCCAAUAAACGCACUUGGAGAAUCUUUGUGAAUUAUGGCAAGGCAAUAGUUCUAAACAAAUCCUCGAAAAUAGCUUCAUUAAAUCAUUAAAAGAUUUAGACCUAUUAUAUCUAGCCUCUAUUGGUCCAUUUUUAGUCCAACUAUCGUACAGAUUUUCGGUCUUAUAAACAAUAUAAGGUGGUAAUCUGAUGCAGAUCUGGCAAACAGUAUUGAAUAUUUAAGAACUAUCCAUUAUUCUGUGGGCAUGCUUGGAACCUCUCCUUCGUAGUUCACGAUGGCAUUUAGUGCAACUCCUUGGUGACUCCUGUCCGAACUUUCUUGAUAUUUUCACACCAUAGGUUAGAAAGUAUUUCGCGGUGUCUCCUAAUAAAUUCUCUGCCUGGCAGUUUAUUUAUAAAUUUUACCACAUUUCUACCAGAACUGUCAAGAUAUGUCUUAAUUAACCUCACAUCUACUGAAGUUAGUCACUGCUUAGAUGGAUAUUUUCAAUUAAUUUAGCCUCUUCAGCUGCGGUCAAAACUGUUUGUCCAUCUGGAUUCAACAAAUAACGAUUUUUCACCCUAUGGUCUAUAGUGUCCUUUGGUAUUCCGUAUUUAUUUAGUUUUCUCAAUGAAACUCCUUUUUUCCUUUCUUCCACUACUUUUUCUAAAAUUUCCAAUAUCGUAUCUUUAGUAAUUGACCCCAAUUUUGCGACUAUAGCGUCCCAUUAUCUUUUUUUAUACUGAGUGCCUUAUGGUGACUUAAAAUAUGUCUCAUGUCACCAUCUUGUACGACAUAUUUGAAUUGUUUUGUGAACAAAAAAAUUAGUCCAUUCCUUUUACAGAAAUUCCACGAAGCCUGCUCUACGUCAUUGUCAGAUGAUAUAUCUGAGGGGCGGCUUUGUCGAAUAUUUUACAUAAAAAAGUGUCUCACAUCAGCAAGCAGUCUCAAGUGACCCGACCUGGCGGUACUUUUUUUGCUCUAGCGCUUUGCCUAUUAGUCAUUAUAUUUGUAGACAAUAACAAGAAUGAUUCAAACAAUGAAAAUGAGGUUGAGGUAUGAAUAAAAAAAUUAUACGAUGUAAAUAUACCUAAAACAUCACUUGAAAACAGAUUUGAUAGUGUCAUUAAUACUAGUUGUUAACGCAUAAAAUUUUAAUCUGAAUUCUUUGAUAUUGACCUAAUAUUGGAUUGUAAAUUGUUUUCAAAUAUUGUAGCAGGAUGGACUGUUAUGAAUUAAUUUAAUCACUCCCUUCAUUUUUGACAAAAAUUUUAGGGUUAUAUUGUCUAUUUAUCUUUCUAAAUAUAGUAAGAUGUGAUUUUAUUUAUGCAAUAUAGAUAUAUUUAUUG